UUUGGCGGGAGUUGUUAAAGGGAUUGGGCCAGCGUGUUGUUUUUCGUCAGCUGCUGUAAAACUUGCUAUAAAUCAUUACACCACUAUGGUUGUUUUUAGUUCAUAACUAUGGUUUUACAAAACAGCGGUCGUUUCAAGAACUUCAAGUCCGACAAGUUCGCGAAAGGCGGCGACGACGCCAAGAAUUCGGGGAGAGAUGACACAUCGGAGAGACGUCUGUUAGAUGCGCUAUUUAACGAUGAGAUUGAUGCCAAGUUCGGCUUUGAGCGUCACCGGGAAGGAACCGAAAGAAUCGGCUGGCUAAUAAACAUCCAUCCGACUGAGAUACUCAACGAAGACAAGCGGCUCAUCAGUGCUGUUGACUACUACUUCAUUGAAGAAGAUGGGAGCCGAUUCAAGGUGUCCCUGCCAUUCGAGCCUUACUUCUAUGUUGCUACCAAGCCUGGCGCAGAGCAAGAGGUCAUCUCAUUCCUCACCCGUAAAUAUCAGGGAACGUUAUCACGUGUGGAACUCUGCCCAAAGGAAGACCUUGAUCUGCCUAAUCACCUUGUGGGCCUCAAAAGAACCUACCUGAAGCUGCUCUUCCUCUCUGUGAAUGAUCUGCUCAAAGUGCGCAAAGAUCUACUUCCUGCUGUCCGGAAAAAUCAAGAGAGAAAAAGUUCAUCACUUUCACAUGUUUUAGGGCCACAGUCAAAUGAUUCAGAAGGUUCAACGGCAGCUAAGAAACUUGUGGAGCAGACUGAAAACAUAGUGGACAUCAGGGAAUAUGACGUUCCCUACCACAUCAGAGUUUCUAUUGACUUGAAGAUUUUUGUUGGCCUGUGGUAUGCCGUGCGAGGUCGUGGCAAUGAUGCACCAGACAUUAAGAAGAGAGAGGACAUUCUCCAAGUACCUGAUGUCACCGUUCUGGCUUAUGACAUUGAAACAACGAAGCUUCCUCUCAAGUUUCCUGAUGCUGCAUCGGAUCAGAUCAUGAUGAUCUCAUACAUGAUUGAUGGCCAGGGUUACCUGAUUACAAACCGUGAGAUUGUGUCAGCAGAUGUGGAAGACUUUGAGUACACGCCCAGGCCUGAGUUUGAAGGACCGUUCAUCAUCUUCAAUGAACCAAAUGAGCUCUCACUACUCCAGAGGUUCUUUGACCACAUCAUUGAGGUGAAACCACUCGUCAUUGUGACCUACAACGGUGACAACUUCGACUGGAUGUUUGUGGAAGCACGCGCGGCGAUUCAUGGUCUGGUGAUGUCCAAAGAAGUGGGCUAUGCACGCAGCCGCGAAGGUUACUACCUGAGCCGUCCCAGUGCCCACAUGGACUGUCUUCACUGGGUGCGCCGUGACAGCUACCUGCCUGUUGGAAGCCAAAACCUCAAAGCUGUAGCUAAGGCAAAGUUGAGGUAUGACCCUGUGGAAUUGGAUCCUGAGGAUAUGUGCAGGAUGGCUACUGAACAGCCACAGGUCCUUGCAAACUACUCAGUGUCCGAUGCUGUGGCUACUUACUACUUGUACAUGAAAUACGUCCACCCGUUCAUUUUUGCCCUGUGCACCAUCAUCCCCAUGGAGCCUGACGAAGUUCUGCGCAAGGGGUCUGGCACACUGUGUGAGGCGCUGCUGAUGGUGCGGGCGUUUCAUGCCAACAUCAUCUUUCCCAACAAGCAAGAAGCCAUCUUUAACAAGCUGACAGACGAUGGCCAUGUGCUUGACCAGGAAACCUACGUCGGUGGCCACGUCGAAGCACUCGAGUCAGGUGUCUUUCGAGCAGACCUACCUUGCCGUUUUCGCCUGGUGCCUGAGGCUUUCCAAAUGCUGAUUGACGCAGUCCCAAAGACAAUGCAACAUGCCAUUGAGGUGGAAGAGAAAGUGCCAUUGAGCGAGGCCCUCAACUUUGAGGAGGUGUGUGAAGAAAUCAAGGCAGCACUGGCAUCACUGCGGGACACUCCGGCAAGGCUAGAGAGGCCCAUCAUUUAUCAUCUUGAUGUUGGUGCCAUGUAUCCCAACAUUAUCCUCACCAAUCGACUUCAGCCAUCAGCCAUGGUUGACGAGGCCGACUGUGCUGCCUGCGACUUCAACAAACCUGGUGCCACUUGCCGCAGAUCCAUGCCGUGGACCUGGAGGGGAGAGUACAUGCCUGCUAGCAGAGCAGAGUUCCAGAGGAUUCAGCAGCAGCUGGAGACGGAACGUUUUCCUCCAGCUCAACCAGGCAUGCCGUUCCGAGCAUUCCAUGAGCUGUCUCGUGAGGAAAGGGCCACUGCUGAGAAGAAACGGCUGGCUGACUACUGCAGGAAGGCCUACAAGAAAGUGCACAUAACACGCACAGAGGUGCGGGAGACAACCAUAUGUCAGAAGGAAAAUUCUUUCUACGUUGAUACCGUGCGAAACUUCCGUGACCGCCGCUAUGAAUUUAAGGCGCUUCUAAAGGUUGCCAAAAAGAAAGUCUCUGAAGCUGUUUCGAAAGGGGAUGCAGCUGAAAUCAAGUCAACCAAAAACCUGGAAGUGUUGUAUGACUCACUGCAACUAGCUCACAAGUGUAUUCUCAAUUCCUUCUAUGGAUACGUGAUGAGAAAAGGGGCAAGAUGGUACAGCAUGGAAAUGGCUGGCAUCGUGUGCCACACAGGAGCUGGAAUUAUCACCCAUGCUAGAGAGCUCGUGGAGCAGAUAGGGCGACCUCUCGAGCUCGAUACUGAUGGCAUCUGGUGUGUGCUCCCUGCUUCUUUCCCUGAGAAUUUUGUCAUUCGAACCAGCAAUGCUAAGAAACCAAAGCUCACCAUCUCUUACCCUGGUGCUGUGCUCAACAUCAUGGUUCAGGAGCACAAUACAAACGACCAGUACCACGAGCUUGUCAAUCCUGAGACACUCGAGUAUGUCCAGCGGUCAGAGAACUCAAUCUUUUUUGAAGUGGAUGGCCCUUACCUGGCCAUGAUCCUGCCAGCUUCUAAGGAAGAGGGCAAGAAAUUGAAGAAGAGGUAUGCAGUAUUCAACUUUGAUGGUUCCUUGGCCGAACUGAAAGGAUUCGAGGUGAAGCGACGUGGUGAACUCCAGCUGAUCAAGAUCUUCCAGUCAUCGGUGUUUGAGGCGUUCCUCAAGGGCAAAACACUGGAGGAAUGCUAUGCAGCAGUCGCCAAAGUAGCCGACUACUGGCUUGAUGUGCUGUACAGCAAGGCAGAAAAUAUGCCAGACGAUGAGCUCUUUGAACUUAUCUCCGAGAAUCGGAGCAUGUCUCGAAAGCUGGAAGACUAUGGAGUUCAGAAGUCCACUUCCAUAUCCACGGCCAAAAGGCUUGCUGAGUUUCUUGGUGACCAGAUGGUCAAAGAUGCUGGACUCAGCUGUAGAUACGUCAUCUCCAAGAAACCUGAAGGGGCUCCUGUAACAGAAAGGGCUGUUCCGCUGGCUAUUUUUCAAGCUGAGCCAAGUGUCAAGAGGCAUUAUCUGAGACGAUGGCUGAAGACUUCCGUUGACGAUUUUGAUAUUCGAACUAUUCUUGACUGGGAAUACUACAUUGAGAGGUUAGGCAGCGCCAUCCAGAAGAUCAUCACCAUUCCUGCAGCUCUUCAACAGGUACCGAAUCCUGUGCCUCGUGUUGCUCAUCCGCCCUGGCUACACAAGCGGCUUCUUGAAAAAAAUGAUGUGCUCAAGCAGAAGAGGAUCAGUGAGCUCUUCACUGCUGCACCCAAGCAACAACAGCCACAACCGCCUGAGAUGGCUGACAUUGAGGACCUUGGACAGCCUGGCCACAGCUCACACGUUAGACCGGUGGUAGCAACCGUGACUCACAGGAAGAGGGGACGGUCACCUGAAAAUAACAAUGAAGAGAGCUUGAAGAAGUCAUGGCGGGAGACGCUGGGACCACCUCCACCACUUGGACAAACAAGGGCAAAGAUGACUGAGUGGCUACAGUUUCACAAGAAGAAGUGGGCACACCAGAAGCGGCAGCGGCAAGAACGUGUGAAGCGGUCGAACCGUGGCACCAACAGCCUUUCAAGUGCCACGGACAAGACUGCAGCAGCUCCCUCUAAAGGAGCUGCCAUUCGGGCUGGCACAACUGGCACGCUGGGAAGCUUUCUGCGUAGGGCACAGCGUAAUCUUCUUGAUUCACCCUGGCAAAUCAUUCAGUUAGACCAGAUGGGUACUCCUGGUGUGUUUCGGCUGUGGGCCUUGGUGGGUGCGGAGCUGCACCAGCUGCGUCUGGUUGUGCCAAGGAUCUUUUAUGUCAACUCCAAAGUGCCCAAGGAGGAAGACAGCCCGACUUGGCGUAAGGUUAUGCGUCACCUGCCAAGGUCUCAUCCUGUAUACCACUUGUACGAGUAUGCAAUAGAAGAGGCCACAUUUCAACAGCGAACAGAGGACUUCAUGCAGGAGUUGUCAGCUCCGCACAUUGAAGGCGUCUAUGAAAUGCAAGUGCCCCUGGAUUUUCGGGUCAUGGCUCAACUAGGAUGUGUGUGCCUUGUUUCCAAGCAGCACUACAGGGAAUAUGCUAGCAAGGAAACUGACACAUUCAACUUUCGACAUCUGGAGUUUGGCACACUGGCUCAGCAUGAGUACCUGCAGCCAGGUACCCUCAAGUACUUGUACCUCUACCAUCACGUCGAUGGCCAAAAGAUGAUGUUUGGUAUGUUCCUGCCACCUCUCAAGAAAAGUGUCAUAUUUGCUGUGGAUACAGUGCGCUCCAACCAGAUGCCAAACAUGAGCACACUGUACAAGGCUGAGCGCCAAGCCAAGAUCGAACGAGGCACAUCAGCUGACCUACUUCCUGAAGAUGGCUAUGCGUUUGAGGUUCGAGUGGAAACAGAUGUCCGCAUGGUGCAUCGAGCCAUACAGAGAAGCUUAGCGCUGUAUCGAGAUGAAAAGAAGGGGCCAACCAUGGUUGCUGUACAGAGCUGUGUUGCCCUGGAGGAGUUGAAGUCGGCUAUGCCUGGUCUUUUCGAGUUUCCCGUGGUACCCAUGCAUGUUGAUGACAAGGAGGACCUUUAUCGUGUGCUUGAAUGGCAGCGAGUUGGGGCCAAAGCCAUGAUUAGGCACUACCUCAAUGUAGAGACUAUUCUGACGACAAUGCUGGAACAGUGUCGCUACUUCCACGUGCCUCUGGGAAACCUGCCAAGGGAUGCCAUCAUGUUUGGUUGCGAUCUCUUUUACGCACGUCACCUGCAGAGGCAAAACUUUGUCCUCUGGUGCUCGGAGACAGACCGGCCAGACUUGGGCGGCAAAGAAGCUGAUGACAACUGCCUCCUAGCUGAAGCGGAUAUGGCAUCUGUCUCUGAAGUCAACAACCCAGGAGCCUAUACCACGGUGUGUGUUGAGAUGGAUCUCAAUGGCUUGGCUGUGACUACCAUACUUCAGUCUCAGAACCUGACAGAGCUGGAAGGAGUGAGCUCGAGUGUUGCCUUUGAUUCUGGUGGUGGAGCAAGUGUCUCGCUAGACAGCAUGGUGGGUGGGCAUCAGCAGGGUGCGAACCCAUCACUGACCAGCUACGACGACGUGGCCCUCUCUGCCAGUGCUUUCCGUGUGCUUCGAGCCAUGGUGGCAGGCUGGAUGCGGGACGUCGCAAUCUAUCGCAACGUGUUUGCAGACUACCAGCUGGCUCAUGUCUUUCGAUGGCUGAAGAGUUCGCAAGCCUUACUGUACGAGCCUGUGCUGAAAAGGAUUCUCAACAACCUCAUGAAAAAGAUGUUCACGCAGCUGGUGAUGGAGUUUGAGCGCCUGGGUAUGGUGGUAGUGUAUGGAAGCACAAGCCGACUGGUGCUGUGUACUAAGCGUCGUCGACUGCCAGAUGGCCUUGCCCAUGCUGACUAUGUCAUCAACGGCAUUCGUGGUCGUGAACUCUUCCACAGCCUCGACCUGUCUGUGCGUGCCGCCUGGCAGCUCCUCCUCUGGCUGGACCCGGCAAAUCACGGUGGUGUGCAAGGUAAACUGGUGGAACCAGCAGAAGAAGAAGAAGAGUCUGUUGAUGAUGAGGCGGAAGUGCGAAUGUUUUGGAACCUUGCCCAUUUUUUGCCUGAAGCUGGGGGUGUUCAAGACAACUUCAAUAUGGUCAUAGGCAGCUAUAUCAACUCUGUGUACCUAAAAUUGAAGGAGGAACUGGACAUGCCGGGAGCCUCACAAGUGCAGAGAAGGACUGCAAGUCAAGUGUCCAAGGAGCACAGCACAGGUGUGGAGACACUCGUCUACAUGAAGAGACUAGUCGGAGGUGAGCUGACCCAGAAGCUUUUCAGCAUUACUCAAAAAAUACAGCACAAGCUGUCGUCUAACCUUCUGGAUGGCAAAGAAGUUUUCCCAGUUAUACCAGGCCGCCACUUGAAACCAACUAGUCCUGCUUUGGAGUUCGUAAAGGCUAUUUGUAAGGUCCUCUCUCUGGAUGUCAACAUCACCGAAGAGUCCACAAAGCUGCGGCGAGACCUCUUGAAGCUCAUUGGUGUGGGAGAGUUCGGUGAAGAAGGAACCUGGAAAGAUCCCUGUCUUUCCUUUGUACUCACCGAGGUCAUCUGCAAGACAUGCAACAACUGCAGGGACCUUGAUCUCUGCAAAGAUCCUUACCAAGGCCGUGAUAGUCAUGGAAUCCCCCGGUGGUACUGCUCAGUUUGUGAAAGUCCGUAUGACACUGCCGACAUUGAGGCCUUGCUGCAAGAAAGCCUGCAGCACCUUUGCAUGGCACAAGUUCUCCAGGACUUGCGCUGCACCAAAUGCAACAUGAUUAAAAAGUCCAAUAUGAUGAAAUACUGCGAAUGUGCGGGCAACUUCGAACUGCUCCUCUCUCCAGAGGAAUUCAAGAUGAAGCUCAACACAUUCCUCAACAUAGCCAAACAUUUCCACCUACCCCUGCUUGAAGAAAGUGUCACUUGGAUCCUGGAGAACAGAUAGCAAAGCUCAAUAGACAUAAUGACACUUGUACAAAUAAAUGCACCUGUUUUAAUUACUUUUU